AUGUCCUCUGCAUCGAUCCUUGAAUACGACGGCAAAAGAAUCGUCAGCUACUGGCUCCCAAGAUCCCCUUCUGUGUCCAGCGACAUUAAGCCUUCUCCUGGUUUCGUCUUCCCUGACGCAAAGGUUGCUCAAAUCGCUUGGGACUCGGAAUCCAACUCUAUUACCCCUGACAACCAGCUUCCUGGCUGGGUCUUCACCGAUAAGCUCGUCGUCAAGCCUGACCAGCUCAUCAAGCGUAGAGGAAAGGCUGGCUUGCUCGGUAUCAACAAGUCUUGGUCUGAAGGCGGCAAGCAAUGGAUCCAAGAAAGAGCUGGCAAGCAGCAACAAGUCCAAUCAGUUUCAGGCACCUUGAACAACUUUAUUGCUGAGCCAUUCGUUCCUCACCCACAAACAGACGAGUACUACGUCUGUAUCCACUCAACUCGUGAAGGUGACAACAUUCUCUUCACUGCUGAAGGUGGUGUUGACGUUGGUGAUGUCGACUCAAAGGCUCAAAAGAUCACUAUUGCCCCAGUUGAUGGUAAAUUCCCAACUAGAGCUGAACUCAAGAGCGGUCUCGUCAAAGACGUUGAUUCCAGCAAGCAAGACACUCUCAUUGAGUUCUUGGAACGUCUCUACGCUGUCUACGUAGACCUCCACUUCGCUUAUCUCGAAAUCAACCCUCUUGUUUGCCUUGACGCCACCCCAACAUCCCCACCAACAAUGCACUUCCUCGAUUUGGCUGCCAAGAUUGAUCAAACCGCUGACUACAUUUGUGGUCCAAAGUGGUCAAUUGCUCGUGAUGACACUCCUUUAAACCAAGCUGUUUCUUCUGAUCGUGGUCCUGCCAUGGUUUGGCCUGCUCCUUUCGGUCGUGACUCCACCAAAGAAGAGGCCUACAUCAAGAAACUUGAUGGCUCAACUGGUGCCUCUUUGAAGCUCACCGUUUUAAAGCCAGAAGGUCGUAUCUGGACCAUGGUCGCUGGUGGUGGUGCUUCCGUUGUAUACUCUGACGCAAUUGCUGCUGCCGGUUUCGCUCACGAGCUCGCUAACUACGGUGAAUACUCGGGUGCUCCUACUCAAGGCCAAACCUACGAGUACGCAAAGACUAUUAUUGACCUCAUCACCCGCGGUGAGCCACACCCAGAAGGUAAACUUCUCAUCAUUGGUGGUGGUAUUGCCAACUUUACAAACGUCGCUGCUACUUUCAAGGGUAUCAUCCAAGCCCUCAGAGAAUACCAACAACCUCUUCAAAAGCACAACGUAAAGAUCUACGUCCGUCGUGCUGGUCCAAACUACCAAGAAGGUCUCAAGGCAAUGCGCUUGCUCGGUGAGUCUCUCGGUGUCGAUAUCAACGUCUACGGUCCAGAAACCCACAUCACUGCUAUUGUCCCACUCGCACUCGGUUUAACAAAGACUACCGCUCAAAUCCAACCAACUACCGCAACCGCUGCUUCUAUCCAAGCUUCUCAAUCAGGUCAACCAGCUGACGUUGCAAACACUGCUCCUACCGUAGGAUCAGUUGAUGUUGCCUCUGGUGAGCGCACUCAACCAAAGGACGCCAUCGUUACAUUUGACACCAACAAGGAAGCUGGAAAGAGACCAUCUUUCAGACCAUUCGAUGAAAACACCAGAUGUCUCGUCUUUGGUCUUCAACCAAGAGCCAUUCAAGGUAUGCUUGACUUUGACUAUUCAUGUGGCCGUAAGAGCUCUUCUGUUGCUGCUAUGAUUUAUCCAUUCGGUGGUCACCACAUUCAAAAGUUUUACUGGGGUACAAAGGAAACCUUACUUCCAGUUUACACUUCAGUUGAAGAAGCUAUCGCCAAGCACCCAGACGCAGACUGUGUUGUCAACUUUGCUUCAUCGCGUUCAGUUUUCGACUCUGUGAUGGAUAUACUUGACUUCCCACAAAUCAAGUCAAUUGCAAUCAUCGCUGAAGGUGUUCCAGAGCGUUUCGCUAGAGAAAUUCUCGUCAAGGCUGAGAAGAAGGGUACUCUCAUCAUUGGUCCAGCAACUGUUGGUGGUAUCAAGCCAGGCUGCUUCCGUAUUGGUAACUCUGGUGGUAUGAUGGACAACAUUCUCUCCUCAAAGCUCUACAGAUCAGGUUCAGUUGGUUACGUCUCCAAGUCAGGUGGUAUGUCUAACGAGUUGAACAACAUACUCUCAAUCGUCACCGACGGUACCUACGAAGGUAUUGCUAUUGGUGGUGACCGUUACCCAGGUUCAACCUUUAUUGAUCACUUGUUGCGCUACGAGGCUGAUCCAAGCUGCAAAUUGCUUAUGUUGCUUGGUGAAGUUGGUGGUGUUGAGGAAUACCGCGUCAUCGAUGCUGUCAAGAAGGGUAUCAUUAAGAAGCCAAUUGUUGCUUGGUCUAUUGGUACUUGCGCUAAGAUGUUCAGCACCGAAGUUCAGUUCGGUCACGCCGGUUCGAUGGCAAACUCAGACUCUGAAACUGCUGAUGCCAAGAACACUGCUAUGAGAAACGCAGGCUUUAUCGUUCCAGAAACCUUUGAAGAGCUCCCAGAUGUCCUUCGUGCCGCUUACGAGGAUCUCGUCAAGAAGGGACAAAUCACACCAAGAUCAGAACCACAACCACCAACUAUCCCAAUGGACUACAAGUGGGCACAAGAACUUGGUAUGAUCCGUAAACCAGCUGCAUUCAUUUCUACCAUCUCCGAUGAGCGUGGUCAAGAACUCCUCUACAAUGGUAUGAAGAUUAGUGAUGUAUUUAAGGAAGAAAUCGGUAUCGGUGGUGUUAUGUCGCUCUUGUGGUUCAAGAGACGUAUGCCAGGCUACGCAUGCAAGUUCCUUGAAAUUGCUCUCCAAUUAACAGCAGACCAUGGACCAGCUGUAUCUGGAGCAAUGAACACUAUCGUUACUGCACGUGCAGGAAAGGACUUGAUCUCAGCACUCUGCUCAGGUUUGUUGACUAUCGGUGAUAGAUUCGGUGGUGCUCUCGACGGUGCAGCAAAUGAGUUCACUAGAGGUGUCGAAUCUGGUCUUUCUCCAAGAGAGUUUGUUGACUCUAUGAGAAAGCAAAACAGAUUAAUUCCAGGUAUCGGUCACAAGAUUAAGUCAAAGACUAACCCAGACUUGCGUGUUGAGUUGGUUAAGGACUUUGUUAUGAAGAACUUCCCAUCUCACGCUACUAUGGACUACGCACUCGGUGUUGAGAAUGUUACGUCAUCGAAGAAGGACUCACUCAUUCUUAACGUUGAUGGAUGUAUCGCAGCUGCAUUCUGUGAUCUCCUCAAAUGCUCCGGUGCAUUCAACGAAGAAGAGGCUAGAGAUUAUAUGAAGAUUGGUACUCUCAACGGUCUCUUCGUCUUGGGUAGAACAAUCGGUUUCAUUGGUCACUUCUUGGACCAAAAGAGACUCAGACAACCACUCUACAGACACCCUGCUGACGAUAUCUUUAUUGAUCUCAACCGUGUUGAAGUUGCACCAAAGAACUAG